AGAGAUGAGCUAUAGAAGUCCAUACAACAUGUCGCUGCGCCUGCUGCUGUUGCUCAUGAUGUUGUAUGAAGCCCGCACACUGCCGGCCCUGGACAAUGCUCCAGCUGCAACAGCUGCCAAUAGCAUCGAGGAGACGGAUAAGCUGCCAAAUACACACAUCGAGUCGAUCGCCUCAAGUGAGGCAGUCCUGAUCAAUGCCAACACCUCGAAUCAGACUGAUGCGGGAAACAACGAAACGCUGGAGCCGACACCUGGUGAUAAUGUGGCCAGCGCCAGCAGCAAUGAGCCGGUGUCCAUCUAUGCCGGUGGCCUCAUCACGCCCGAGGCCUUUCACCAGUACCUGAGCCAAUACGGCGGAGCAGCGGGCUUGGCACCGCUUGCAGCGGGCUAUCCAGCACCCAUAACUGGGGCGCCCGGCAUCUAUCCGUAUCCGGGGCCCAUUAUGGUGCAGACGGGUUACGAGGGCUUCCUGGUGCCCACCAAUGCAGCUAGCGCCGAUAGUGCUUCAGAUGCGACCACAACUGUGGUGGCUGCACCCUCUCCUGCCAUGAACCCCCUGAUGGCCUUUGCGUCCAGACUGUUGCCCACCAUACUGAUGUCGACGCUGUUUCGCAUCGCGGCCGUCGUCCUAUCCGCCGUGGGGAUAAUACUCUUUGGCGGCGCCAUCACCAACACCCUUUGUCGGCUAACUAAAAUCUGCGAGAUCCCAAGCAAAGCCGUUAACUUGCUACGAUCUGGCGGGGCACAGGACGUGGGUCGCAUGCUGGCCGAGGAAAUUACGCCGGAACGCGUGCGGCGCACCGCCGAGUUCGUGCGCAAUGCCAUUCACAAAUAUAGCCAGCUGCAGAAGCUAAUUGAGCCGGACACAGAAACGGAGUAGAACUUACGGACUGAAC